CCUUGCUCAGCCCGCGGUGGCUGCUGCUGCUUCCCGCCAGUCUCCCCGGCCCGCCCCGAGGAAUAUGAUCGUGGACAGCAACCGGGAGGCGCCGGCCGACGGCGACUCCGGCUCCAUGAGCAGCCCCCUCAACCUGGCCUAUUUCUAUAGCGCCUCCCCCUACUCCAGCGAUGGCAGCUGCUCGCCGGCUCACUCCGCGCCGGGGUCGCCCGGCUCCGACUCCGAGCUGUCCGUCAGCAGCGGCAGCAGUGGCGGCCGGAGGAGGGACUCCCUGGACGGCGUCCGCCAAGCCCUGCAAGCUGAACACCACAUGGGGGGAGGAAAGCAGCACAGAGGACCUUUCCAAGGGGUUCGUGUGAAAAAUUCAGUGAAGGAGCUCCUAUUGCACAUUAGAAGCAACAAACAGAUGUCCUCAGGCCAUGUUGCUGAUGAAUUCAAGGCACAAGCAGGAUUGAUGAACUACGAACAGUUUACAGAGUUGAAGAACAUACUCGCUCAUAGUGGUAAAAGAAAGGCUCAUGAGUCUCUCUGUGAUGGACCCAGUUACAAAAGACCAGCUACUUUCCAUUCUCACCUCUUGACACCACCACAAACACCAACCUCUAUGGAGAACAUGGAGGAUGCCCAUAAAAAUGAACCCAAACACGAGAAUGGUUCUGACAUGCUUCAAAACAUUAUAAAUAUUAAGAAUGAGUCAAAUCCUGUUUCUCUGAACACAGUGCAGGUCAGCUGGCUGCACAGCGUAUCGAACCAUAACUCACCAGGGGAACGCUAUCGGGAUCUCCAAGGGGCACAGGCUUUCUCCCCAUCUGAGAAGUACCAAGCCUUCCACGCGAAUAGUCCCCAACAAAUGCUGGAUCCACCCCAGAAUUACCAGUUUUCUUCCUCACAGACCCAGGAUUUGCCACAGAAAUAUACUCCGGAUUCAUUACUGGAAUACAGGCCAUUUUCUGGCGAUGACCAGUCCCCUACCUACCAACAGAAUGUCUUUGAAAGCCACGAACUGCCGUAUUGCCCAACCCAAAGUUUUGCAUCUCUCUUGAAUGAUUCUGAACACUCAGAGAAUAUACUCCAGCCUCUAGCCACUGCCCCUCAGCAGUCCGAUGUCAGUGCCCACGCUCAGAAUUUCAGCCUAGUACCAAAUAAUAGCUGUAGUACACUUGAUGGACACAAUUCAUCUCUGGCUACUCUGAAUGUCUCUCUACAACACCGAGGUAUUGUCAGAAACAUGACACAACUGGGCAAGUCAUUCUUUCAGUGGCAAGUGGAACAGGAAGAGAACAAACUGGCCAACAUCUCUCAAGAGCAGAUCCUUGCAAAAGACUCAGAUGGGGACACGUUCCUUCACAUUGCUGUUGCCCAGGGCCGACGGGCUCUUUCCUAUGUUCUUGCUAGAAAGAUGGCUGCUCUGCACAUGUUGGAUAUUAAAGAACACAAUGGCCAGAGUGCCUUUCAGGUGGCCGUGGCGGCCAAUCAGCAUCUUAUUGUCCAGGACCUGGUUAGCUUGGGGGCCCAAGUGAACACCACAGACUGCUGGGGUAGAACGCCAUUGCAUGUUUGUGCUGAGAAGGGGCAUUCCCAAGUCCUUCAGGCAAUCCAGAAGGGAGCUGUUGGAAGUAGUCAGUAUGUGGCCCUUGAGGCAACAAACUAUGAUGGGUUCACAGCUUUGCACUGUGCAGUGCUGGCCCAUAAUGCUGUGGUGCACGAACUCCGGAACAGUCAGCAGCCGCACUCUCCUGAAGUCCAGGAGCUUCUGUUGAAAAACAAGAGCCUGGUGGACACCAUCAAAGCUCUGAUCCAAAUGGGAGCCUCUGUCGAAGCAAAAGAUGGUAAAAGUGGUCGCUCGGCUCUGCAUUUGGCAGCAGAAGAAGCCAAUCUGGAGCUUAUUCGUUUCUUUUUGGAUCUACCCAACUGCCUCUCUUUCGUUAACGCAAAGGCUUACAAUGGCAACACAGCACUCCAUGUGGCUGCCAGCCUGCAGUAUCGGGUGACUCAGUUGGAUGCAGUUCGUCUGCUGAUGCGAAAGGGAGCUGAUCCAAGUGCUAGAAACUUGGAGAAUGAGCAACCAGUUCACCUGGUUCCUGAUGGCCCUGUAGGAGAACAGAUACGACGUAUCCUGAAGGGGAAGGCAGUUCAGCAAAGAGCUUCACCAUAUUAAACUCCAUGUGUCUUGGAGUUCAGCACACUCACUGUCAGUUAGGCAGUCCUAAUGUAUCUGUAAAUAGACCAUUUGCCCUGUGGAGGCAAAUGUGAGUUGUUUCUAUGAAACAAAAGUAUUUAGUUCACUAUCAUAUAGUGGGUUAUGUUAACAAUUCAAAUUCCUCUGAACAGAUGGGAAUGUUCCAUACCCAGGUGUCUGAAUACCUGGAUUUAAUAGCUGUGGCAAGCUGACUUAUUUAAACAGUUUAACUGGUUUUGAGGCAAAGACGAUUGUAUU